CGGCUUAAAUGGUCAACGCUCCUUCAUCGCGGCGGUGAUAAUGUCGGCGCGGGAAGCGCGGAAACGCCACAUCCAAUCCUUCAUAGUCAGAUAUAAUUGAGCCGCUUAUCGGCAGCAAUGAGAGCCGUGAAUCAAACGAUGUUCUUCCUGACACUGCACGAGAAGAGUUGUCAGACAUAAAACAAACAUUGUGUCAGCCACACGUCGAGAAACGCCGCGCAAAUAUUGUAGACGCGUCGCUCCGUUUGAUAACAAAUGCAGUAAUAAUGGUGUUGAAUUUACCUGAUUUUUAUCAAAAUCAACAACCUUGUCCCAAAAAGUUGAAAUUUAUUUUCCUCACGCACUUGGAGUCGCAAAGGCUGUGCGGGCAGUCGCGCUUUGCUUUUCAUGCGGAUCCUGUUAUUUUAAUGUGGAUCGGCAAUCGCGUGCAUAAUUAUGAUAAAAGUAAGGACAACAGUGACAUAAAUCGCGGAAGCAACUCACACCCGCGCCAGUCCAUCUCUGUUGAGGCGACAGUGCGCGGCCAGCAUGCACCACCUUUUGCCAGCUGCCCUCCUCGUCCACUUCGCGGUGCAAGUUUUUGCGCGGCCAGGGAUUGAAAUAAUUCCGCCGGUGCUAGAACCUGCCGGAGCGGAGGAAGAUGAGACGGACAAUGAGGUCGAGGAAGCAAUUUCCACGAUACAGGCGAGUCCUGGUGAAGGAGUUGAGUGGAUGCUGAUGCCUGGCGCCAACGGAGAGGUCCACCUGGCCGUUCUGUCGCCGCCUCCGGCGAUGGACGAUGCCUUGAGAUACAUGAGGCCCACCGACGUUGAAUUUUUCUUGUAUAGCAGAGACAAUCCUGAUGAGCCAGAGCGAGCAUACUUCAAAAAAUCGUGCAAGCCAUCCUUUAAAUUCUUUAAAUCGAGUCGGCCGACAAAGUUCCUAAUCCACGGCUUCGGCGAUGGUGUCCAAACAUCCCUUAUGUAUCCUAUUUUGAAAGAGGCCUUUCUCACCAAGGAAGACGCGAACGUGUUUCUGGUCGACUGGUCGCAGUUGGCGGGAACCCCCUGGUACAAGGCUGCCGUCGGCAACACGCGCUACGUCGGCAGGCGGGUUGCGUAUCUCAUUGAGCAUCUGGUCAACUCGAGCAACGCGAACGUCCGUGAUUUUCAUAUAGUUGGAUUCAGCCUUGGCUCCCACGUAGCUGGCAUUGCUGGAGCCAAAAUUGCGUCGCUCACCGGCCAGAAGUUGCCCAGGAUCACAGGUCUGGACCCAGCUAGCGUUCUCUACGGUGGAUCUCCACUAGACGAAAGACUGGACGUGACAGAUGCUGAUUAUGUUGAGGUUGUGCACACCUCUGGAGGAUAUUUGGGCUACUUAGACCCUAUUGGAAAGGUUGAUUUCUUCCCAAACGGUGGCUCGUGGCCUCAGCCUGGCUGCUUCAUGGAUUUUGUCGCUGUGUGCAGUCACAGGAGGGCCUACUACUACUUCGCAGAAGCACUCUUGACUGAUAAUGGCUUCAAAGCCGAGUCUUGCAUGUCAUGGCACGCCUAUGAACUAGAAAACUGUCCCGAAUCAUCCAGCAUCUUUAUGGGCAGCCAUGAGCUGCCGGACCGCUCUGAGAGCAUGACCGGCAACUUCUUCUUGAGAACGCACGCUAAGGAGCCGUAUCAAAUGGCAGACGAAUGAAUAUUCAUGCAGUAUUUUUUAUUUAAUUUGAUUCAAAUGCAUUUUUAGAUUUUAAAGAAUGAAAAUGUACAAAGUAUAGUAGGUGAAUCAUUCUGCACACACAUAUUUUUGAUUGAUUUUUAUAUAAAAAUGUUUUGUAAUAAAUCUAUAAUCUUAUCAUUCACCAAA